AUGAAUGCACCCAGUGACGAGUCACGCGAGCUUGAAGAUCGCCACGUGGCAGUCUCGCUGGCAUCGCAUUCGGAGACGUCGUCGCUGACGGACCCCCUGCUGACGCGUCGCGAGCCCCCUGCUCGCGCUGCUCGGAAGGGCCCCUUGCUGCUCGUCGUCUCCCUCUGUGCCUGCCUGCUCGCCACGCUGCUGCUGUCCCGCUCCAUCCUGCUGUGCCCUCACUCCCUUUCCUUCACCAUCUUUCCCUCUUUCUCUCUCCCCUCCCCAACCACCCCCUUCUCCCCCUCCAUUUCAGCCCUCCCCUCGCUCUGCUCGGAAGGUGCCCUUUCUCCUCCUCGUCUCCCUCUGUGCCUGCCUGCUCGCCACGCUGCUGCUGCCCCGCUCCAGCCUGCUCCGCCCACACAGCGUCAAUGCGAAGCCAACCACCUUUGUGCCCAACCCCUUGCCUCAACUCUUUGUCUUCCUGCCACCCAGAUGGGCCUGGUCGGAGCCCACAUGCACCCCCAGUUCGUGGUCUCUCUGGGAGACAACUUCCUCGAGCUCGGCCUGCCAGACGUGAAUGCGCCACAGUUCGCCCAGUCCUUCACCAACAUCUACACCCACCGCAGCUUGCAGAUCCCCUGUUCAUUCAGCCUUCCAGAGCUGAAUGCUCCCCAGUUCGCCCAGUCCUUCACCAACAUCUACACCCACCGCAGCCUGCAGAUCCCCUGGUAUGCAGUCCUGGGAAACCAUUACUACUACGGGGAACGUGCUCGCUCAGCUGCAUCCAGCCCUGGCCUAUCGCCAACAUCCAUCCCCCUGCCUUGUCCGCAUUCCUUCUUCCCUGUUUCGCUGUUCCCCUGUUCUCCUUCCCUACCCGCCCCUUUAUCUCCCGACCUGGGAAACCAUAACUACUACGGGAACGUGCUAGCCCAGCUGCACCCAGCACUGGCCAUGUUUCUGGGAAACCAUGACUACUAUGGGAAUGUGCUAGCCCAGCUGCACCCAGCACUGGCCAAUCGCGACCCUCGGUGGACCUGCCGUCGCAGCAUGGCCCUCUCGCUCCCUAUCUGCGCCGAGAUGGAUGAACAGAGCGUUGACCACGUUGACCCCGUUGACUCAGCUGGUCAGGGCGUUGACCGUGUUGACUCUGGAGGAGGACAGGGCGUUGACUGCGUUGACUUUGUUGACCUGUUUCUGUACGACUCAAUGCCGCUGAUCCCCGCAUACCGGCACAAGGAGGGCCGGCGGGUGGACUGGCGGGGCCUCAACACGGGCAACUGGAGCCGGCAGGAGGAGGCACAGCUGCAGGAGCUGGAGGGGUGGCUGAGCAACUCGCAGGCGCGGUGGAAGGUGGUGGGGGCGCACCACCCGGUGUUCAGCUAUGGCAAGCAUGGGGACCAGCCCGAGAUGGUGGAAAGGAUUAAGCCCCUGUUAGAGGUGAGGUUGAGGCCUGAAAGGGUAGUCUAUGUAUAG